AUGCAAAGCGUGGUGAAAUCGCAAAUCACUCGCAGCCGAUCAGCACCACCACGAAAGAAUUCACAGAAGCAGGCAGAAGCCAGACGUCGUAUUGAUCUUGGAAAUGAACGUGUGUUGCAGUCGCUCAUGAAUAGAUGGAGAACGGUCUCGAAUAUCAUCAAUGAUUCAGUGAUCGUACACAUGAUUUUUGAAAAAGCCAUGGAGAAGGGUGGUAGAUGCCUCACAGACGAAUACGUAUGUAUGCAGCCCGCGAGGAGUCAAUCCAAGACGCCAGGAACUCCGAAACGACGCAACGUUCCCGGUGACCCUAGAGAGACGAGAAAACGAGCGAAUGACUAG